AUGACGCAAGCAUUGGAAGACAUCGAGGGAGUGGCUGUUAUUGUGGACGACAUCUUGGUGUGGGGUACAACACUUGAAGAAUACAAGCUCAACAAAGAGAAAUCAAAGAUUCAGACGAGUGAACUAUCGUAUAUUGGACAUCUCUUAACCCGUCAUGGCGUUAAACCGGAUCCACAGAAAGUUAACGCCAUUAAAGAGAUCAAUACACCUGAAGACAAGAAAGAACUGUAGAGAUUUAUGGGGAUGGUAAAUUACCUGGCAAAAUUCAUACCAAACCUUUCAAGCGUCACUGUUCCAUUAAGAGAACUGUUGAAAAAGGACACUGCGCGACAUUGGGAGGAAAUACACCAAAAAGCGUUUGAAGAAAUCAAGAGUAGAGUCACGGCAGGGAACUUACUGCAGUACUAUGAUGUGUCAAAACCAGUAGUGCUAUCGGUAGACUCCUCAUCUUAUGGACUAGGG